UUUUUCCAUAAACUUAUCUUCAUAACUACCACUCCCAUUUGCUCAUUCAAUUUCCUCCACCCAAUACAUAAUCCACUCCUCCAUCACCCACUUCACUACUAAUAAAACUACUCAAAUUUUCACAUUUUCCUUUCAUUUCUUCUUCUUCUUCCUCCUAUUCCCAUUUUCCUCCGCCAUGGCUGCCGCCGUCACCGCCGCCGUAUCUUUCCCUUCCACCACCAAAUCAUCCUCUCUCUCCUCCAGAACUUCCUCCAUCAUUUCCCCUGACAAAAUCUGCUACAAAAAGGUUCCUCUGUAUUACAGGAAUGUAUCUGUAACAGGGAAAGUGGGACCCAUUAGGGCCCAGAUCACAUCUGACGUGGAGGCACCACCUCCACCUCCUGCUAAGGUUGAGAAGCAUUCAAAGAAAAUGGAGGAAGGUAUUGUAGUUAACAAGUACAAGCCUAAGAACCCUUACAUUGGAAGAUGUCUCCUUAACACUAAAAUUACUGGGGAUGAUGCACCUGGAGAGACCUGGCAUAUGGUUUUUUCUCAUGAGGGAGAGAUCCCUUACAGAGAAGGGCAAUCUGUUGGGGUCAUUCCCGAUGGUGAAGACAAGAAUGGAAAGCCCCAUAAGUUGAGGUUGUACUCGAUUGCCAGCAGUGCUCUUGGUGACUUUGGUGAUGCUAAAACUGUUUCGUUGUGUGUAAAACGACUUAUCUACACCAAUGAUGCUGGAGAAACUGUCAAGGGAGUCUGCUCGAACUUCUUGUGUGACUUGAAGCCUGGUGCUGAAGUGAAGUUAACAGGGCCAGUUGGAAAGGAGAUGUUGAUGCCCAAAGACCCCAAUGCCACAAUUAUCAUGCUUGGAACUGGAACUGGAAUUGCUCCUUUCCGUUCAUUCUUGUGGAAGAUGUUCUUCGAAAAGCACGAUGAUUACAAGUUUAACGGCUUGGCUUGGCUCUUCUUGGGUGUACCCACAAGCAGUUCUCUGCUCUACAAAGAGGAAUUUGAGAAGAUGAAGGAGAAGGCUCCAGACAACUUCAGACUAGAUUUCGCUGUCAGCAGAGAACAGACAAAUGAAGGGGAGAAGAUGUACAUUCAAACCCGUAUGGCAGAAUAUGCCAACGAACUGUGGGAAAUGUUGAAGAAAGAUAACACUUACGUCUACAUGUGUGGGCUUAAGGGAAUGGAAAAGGGAAUCGAUGACAUUAUGGUUUCAUUAGCUGCUGCCGAAGGCAUUGAUUGGCUUGAAUACAAGAGGACAUUGAAGAAGGCAGAACAAUGGAAUGUGGAAGUCUACUGAUAACUCUUGUACAAACAUCUCUUAUUCCUUUUUGUGAAGCAGCUAUAUUUAUUACCUAUUUUUCACUGCACCUUGUAGAUAGGUCAGUUUUUUUUUUUUUCCUUAUAUUGUAUUGACGAUAAGCCAUUGCAUUUUAGCGCCAUAGCAUAAAGCUCUUGUCAGAAGACUAGUAUUCAGCUAAUAUAAUGAAAAUCAUUGUCGACACUUGUACACGGAGGAAAUUAUGAGAAUGAACUUAUGCUAUAAUGUAUAAUCUGAUUAUAUGUUUUGUGGCAUGGCAUAUAUAUGAGGUUAUAUUAGGCAA